AUGGAAGAUAUUCUCCGUCAGUUUCUUUCUUCAAAUUCACUCAAAGAUUCUCCUUUUCCGCUGAUUCCUCUUCCACUUGACACUUCGAUUCUGAGUUCCCCGGAAUGCCAACAACCAAAACCACAGCAUUCAUACAUCGGACUUAUUGCAAUGGCGAUUCUUUCUUCUCCACAGAAGAAAAUGGUGUUGGCUGAGGUUUACGAAUGGAUUAUGACGGAAUACCCAUACUUCAGAAGUCGAGGAGCUGGAUGGAGAAAUUCAAUUCGACACAAUUUGUCAUUGAAUGAUUGUUUUGUGAAGGCGGGGAGAGCAGCUAACGGAAAGGGUCACUACUGGGCAGUUCAUCCAGCAUGUGUUCGUGACUUCGAACGUGGAGACUUCAGACGUCGUAGAGCUCAAAGGAAGGUUCGACGUCAUAUGGGACUGCAAGUAGAAGAUGGAGAUUCAUCAGAUGAGGAGGGAUCUGCUGGAUCAGACACCUCACCGCCAAUCUUUGCUCCAGCAUUUUGGAAUUUGACCUGUAUUCCAAGAACUCCAAUCAAAUCUUUCACAAUUGAUGCGAUUCUGGAACAUAACUGA